AUGGCUUCCCAAUUAAGUUUUGCUGCAAUGAAAUUGGGAAUGUUGUCCACUUCUGAUCAUUCUUCUGUUGUGUCCAUGAACCUAUUUGUGGCGCUCCUCUGCGCUUGUAUUGUUAUUGGUCAUUUGCUGGAGGAGAACCGUUGGAUGAACGAGUCGAUCACUGCCCUCAUCAUU